UGCUCAGUUAAGUGUUUGCUACGCACCGAGACACGCGUCCAUUGAUUAUUUCUCGAAUGUCGUAACGAUACCGGUAGCCAAACAUUUUCCGUCUUAUCUGUGUAAUUGUGUGAAUAGUGUUAAAUAUAGGUGACGCAAAAUAAAUAAAUCGCUUUAGGGUUUAAGAUAUGGUGAAAAGUACGUUUUUAAUAUACCGGUAGAGAGUGCACAGCAACGUCUAUCCCAAUGAUAAAGUCCAUUACGCAAACGUAAACUGGACCAAACGCCAUUUAGCGAGAACGACUCUUAUAACUUAUAACUAUGGAGCAAUACUUUAUGGCCCUGACGGCUGUUCUGUCGUUUGUUACUACAGAAGUGACAUCAUUACAAUGCUACCAGUGUCUAAUCAACCCACCUCCUGGCCAGUAUUACAACACGACAAAACGGCUUUGCAUGCAUUUCGAAGAAUCUGAUAAAUUUGUCGUCGACUGUCCUUUCUCUACAAUGUGCAUGAAGCAAGAAUUUCAUCUUGACAUACAAAAUGGAGUGCGAAUCACAGGCGUUUUACGAAAUUGCGCGCCCCAGAAACACGACUACCACGACUAUAAGGACGGAUCAUGGUCGCCUAAGACGGAAAUAUUAGAGCCAUAUGAAGAGGGAUGCUCUCACACCGACGACAAAGGGGAAAGGACUACUCCAACUAGAUACUGCUACUGUCGGGAAAACCUUUGUAAUUCUUCAACAAAUACAAACCACGAGGGAUACACUGAUAUCAUGGGUGUCAUAAUGGUGUUUAAUCUAAUGAAGUACAUAAAUAGUCUUAGGUAGUCAAAGUUUUUUUUUAGGAAUAUUAAUAUUAGUUCGUGUGUACGAAUCAGCUUAUUGAAAUAAAUUAUUAUUUAUGAAAGUAAUUUUUAAGAUAUAAAUAUUAUGACAAUACAGAUUAUAAAGACAAUGCAAUGAAUUCUAUUUACAUGAAUUUAUAUUUCUGAAAGCGGCAUUAACGUCAUCUAAAUUAUUUACUGAAAAGGAGAUGUUAUGUUUAUCAAUUUGCUCUCAGAAAAGCUAUUCUGUAAGAAACAAAUGUGACUCUUGUUCGACGCGAUCGCAAAUGUUGAAAAAAUGAAAUUUUAUAAAUUGUAAUCGGUAUCUCAUAUCAGCUACUAACAUUUCACUAUUGAGUUGUACAUCGAGUAAUGUGCGUUCAAUAAUUUUGAUAUGUUUUUUCUUUAGUCAUAAAAUAACAUUAUUUAAAUGACGCAAUGCUGUGCAAAGACCUCCUGUCCUCUUAAUGUUUAGAACUCAACCCACGCCGAUCGUAUACGCGUUGGUGGAUACAGAUGUGGUAUGAUUUUAUCCGACACAUGUCGAUUUCUUUACGAUUUUUUCCUUCACCGUUGAGCACAAAUUAAUCACUUGACAUUGACAUUAGUAGACAAAUAUAUUAUUGAAGUUAAGCUGUGGAUCGUACACAUAAUAAAGCUUGAGCACUAAGCAAUUUGUGAUAUGGUGUUAGUCAAUUACAAUAGUUGGUGGUAGAGACGAUAAAAUGUAAAUAAAUAUAAUAAUAAUAUUCUUUAAUGUACACCACAGACGACAUAUGAAUAUUAUGAUAUCAAUUAUGUAAAAAUAUCAAAUAUGCAAAAUAAGGCGCCUAAUCGAAACGAAGCCAAUAUAACCUUACGUGUAGUGCGUAAUAUAUUACCGGCGUAAAAAUAUUAAUUAUUGUCUUACUGACAUUUAUUUUGCACUUAACAGAUAAAAAAUGUCAUUGUUGUGCGUUUUUAAUUAAAUUGAUUUAAAAUAAAAUGCAGUGCCAAAUAUAACCAAUGUAAUGAUUAAAGAUAUUUUUUGUAUGUAUUCAUAAACUUAAAACAUUUUCACAGUGAUAUGUAUCUAUUUUAUGUGAUUGUUAUUGAAAUUUCAAUGUUCAACAUCUUAUUUAUUAUUUUUAUACAC